AUGGGUGAUCGCAUAAGCAAAAAUUUUGCAGAAGCGAGGGAAAAAUCCACAGAAGCGGAUGCGCAUAAGCGGUUCAAAUUCCGUAGGUGCGAGACUCCUGGACAGAAUGUUAAAGACAGAGGAGUCUGGGAUUUUGUGAGGGAUUCAACAGAUCACAUCCAUACAGUGAUAGAUGGUGUGAAGCGCUAUAUUGUUUGUCUUCAAAACAAGAGAUGUAGUUGUGGACAAUUCCAGCUUGAUGAACUUCCAUGUGCACAUGCUUUGGCGGCUUUAAGGCAUAUGAAUGAGUCUUAUGAAAACUAUUGUUCUCCGUAUUACACGAGGGAGAGCCUCUUGCAUUCUUAUGAAAUACCAGUAGACCCGCUGCCUGAUGAAAGCAAAUGGAAUGUGCCACAACAUAUAGCUGAAGAAGUUGUAAUGCCACCUACUGGGAAAAGACAGUCAGGAAGACCUCAAAAUCAAAGAUACAAACGACAUGAUGAUGUAAAUGGAAAGAAGUACAAGGUUUCAUGUAGAAACUGCGGACUAGAAGGGCAUAACAAAAGAUCUUGUAAGAAUGCUCCCAAUAGGAAAUAA